CGCUUGAGGACAGAGUGGGGAAAGGAACAAGCAGAGUUACAGAAAGAACAAAAGAUGAAAAACCUCUGUCCAUAAGUUAUUGUUACUGAUAUUGCUUUGUGUGUAUAUGGGAAAACCAACAACAGAUAGUGUGGAUGGAUCUGGCAGUGCAGUUAUGGAGACCACUUUGAGCAAAAGGAAAUUGGCGGUGAGUUUAGCGGAUCUGGCUGCAACUCGAGCCCUCUCUCCUCAGAAUAUUCACCUUCACUCGCACAAUUUCCAUCUUCACCCCGUGGAGAUGGGCAACAACUCUGAAAUGUUGCCGCAUAUUCCAUUCGGACCUGAGCAUAUGACACAAACAAAUUCUCUGAAAAACACUCCGUUUCAGAUCACCGACAGCCGCGCCGAACCACAGACGACAUUUUUCGGCUCUGCAGUUGGUUUAACAGUGACAAAAACCAACUCAAACUACCAAACCAGCAGGGACUACAUAUCAAAAAGAGAAGCCUGUCAAUCUACUAUGCAUACACUUGGUAACCGACAAGGUUCCGCCUCCUCUCCGGAUCAACAAGGCAUGUUCCUUCACCCAACAGGUGUCUGUGGAUACGAGAAUGGUGUUGGCCAUCCAAUCCUUGUCGGACUUAAAGAUGAAACUAUACCAACUAGCCGUGACAAUGGCCGUAACGGGUGUUUUUCGGAUGUCAAAGACAGGCCAGAAAACUUCGGUUACGGGCCAGAUCCCUGUGAGUCUUUUCCUCGCAAAUGUAAUUCUACGAACUUUAAUGUGAACGUCGCUUCGACUAGUCACGGCGAAGCGGGGACGUUUCUGAGGUACAGGAGACCGCCCGUUAAGCAAGAGUUAAUUUGCAAAUGGGCUGACCAAGGGCGCAGUUCGAAGAAAGUUUGCUCACUAACAUUCAGCAAUAUGCAAGAACUGGUUAACCAUGUUACCGCCGAGCAUGUCGGGGGAGCCGAACAGAGCAUCCACGUUUGUUUCUGGGAGGAAUGCGCACGAAAGGGAAAAUCUUUUAAAGCAAAGUAUAAACUGAUAAAUCACAUCCGAGUCCACACGGGAGAAAAACCUUUCCCCUGUCCUUUUCCGAGUUGCGGGAAAGUGUUUGCUCGUUCGGAAAAUCUUAAGAUUCACAAGAGGACGCACACAGGAGAGAAGCCAUUUAAAUGCGAGUUUGAUGGAUGCGACCGGAAAUUCGCCAACAGUAGUGACAGAAAGAAACACUCCCACGUCCACACGAGCGACAGGCCGUACUUCUGCAAAAUACAGGGCUGCGACAAGGCCUACACGCACCCCAGCUCGCUAAGGAAGCACAUGAAAGUUCACUUCAGGCCUUCUCCUCCUUCAUCUCCACCUUCCAACACAAAAGCCGCUUACCGUUCCUUGCCCAGUUAUACCAGAGAACCCUUUCCCCCGAUUCCUGGCCAUACAAAAUGCGGUGCAGUUAAACUAUCGCCCAAGGUUAAUAACCUCAGCGAGUGGUAUGUUUGUCAGGGGAGUGCAGGGCCUAAUAUUCUUUGCAUUGGGAGCGAGGACGAUUCUUUCAGAAAUUCAGAGCCAAGAUCAAUAAUCUGAUAAUGGCGCCAUUACACGUGCUGCCAAAUAGAAUAAGCAGAGAAGAGAUACAACAAGUGUAUAUGCUGGAAAAGGAAUAAUAUCAGAUGUCAAGUCGUUAAGGUCAAGAGCAGUUUAAACCAACGCCCUCCCCCCGCCCCCAACCCCUUUUUCUUUUAAUGAUAAUACGAUGUACACGUCCAGGAUUGAAAUAUUCAUGAAUUAUUAAUAUGUCGCACACAAGAACCCGCUCAAAGAAACAAAAAUUUCUAAGACUGUGAGACAUUAAGUAUCGUGAGUGUGUUGAAUGACGUAUGUAUGAUGUGUGGUAGGAAUUACGUGAUUCAGAUGUCACUGGUUAAUUAUUAAACAGUGACAUUGUCCAUUUGAUGUAAUUAUUUACGUAACUCUUCACAGGUGACUGGUUUGAUCGAUGUCCGAUCUCAGCAUGAGCUUAUAAAUCAGAGUUUUUCUGUCAGUUAACAGCCAUAUAUUUUACAUACAAGAAGGUGGUAACAUUUUGAUACGCUAUGGUUAUUAAUAGAUAAAUAUCAUAUGGAAAUUAUUUUCGAUGACGAUGACGCUUUUACGUCUAUGUUAAAGGAGCAUGCUCUUUUCUAGAAAUUGUAGGUAUAAACUAAUGCUAAUAAUAAUUGUUAUUCAUAUUCUUUAAUCUCUGUUCCCCCGAGACCAUGGGAAUAGUACCCAUCUCAUCUCCUCGAAAUAUGUAGGUUAUUCGUUAUUUUCCUAGAUUUUCUUAUAGGUGUUUUUUCUGAAGCUGUUUUGCUUCAAUAAACCAUUCCUACCAAAAUCCACGGGAAAAAUUCUAUAUUAAAUGUUAAUACAUUUAAAUAACUGGCAAUAUGUAAUACUCCAAUGGAGUCCCUUCUUAGAGAACAUCACAGAGGCGCGACACGGAUUCGGACUUUCAUUUAACACGCACAUACGCAACAAACCUGCCCUGCUUCGUCUUCAAAUGAUCUCUUCUUGAGCGGAAGAACUAAAUAUACGGAACGGUUUGGGAAACCUGUAAAAACUGAAAAGAAAACGCAAAAUAUUUCGAUACCGCUAACUAAAAUUAAUUAGUGGGUAACGAAAUUAGAAAACAACAGCUUUUAACGUUUGGCGCCAAAUAUUUCAAGAAAAAAACGUUACUGCUUUGCUCAUUUUUCCUUUGGCAGUUCACACCUUAAGAAUAAAAAUUCGUUCGAGGAAUCCAAAUAAUUUGAAAGACGUAUUUCUCUUCGAAAUGAAACGUGAUUCCUUAGUAGUCCAUAAAAUAUAAACAUUUUUAAAAGACAAAGGGUGAAAGGUAAUAUUCACUCUUCGCUCUUGUACUGUCUUAGUUUCAUGUGAUGUUAGCUAAGUACAUCUUGACAUUAACAUAUUUUGGCUCCCGUACUCAGAAUUUUCUGUAUGUACAUAAUUAAAUUUGAUGUGGACCAACUGGUGUUGUGAUCCCAGUCUUUUGUCCAUAAAUUUCUAUUUGGAACGAUCAAACAAUGGUUCUAUAUUUAACACAAGCACUCCUUGAAUGGCGAAAAAUAAACAGGAUGAAAAAUAA